AUGGCAGGGCAUCUUAGUGCAUUAUCACUCUCUGGGGUUGCAAUCGCUACUUCUUUCACCAAUGUCACUGGCUUCAGUCUCAUAUCUAUAGAGAUUAGAGAAUCAGUUCAGUAUGUGCACAGUAUGCUCUCUCAGGCUUAUCACCAUCUUGUUUCACUUGCGAUAUAUCGCGAUGUAUCUCUACAUGACAAGCAGGUUGGAUUAGCUGGAGGUUUGGAAACUCUUUGUGGCCAAGCUUAUGGAGCUGAGCAAUAUAUAAAGUUUGGAACCUAUACAUACUGCGCAAUAAUAUCACUCAUUCCAAUAUGUGUCCCUAUAUCUAUUCUUUGGAUAUUCAUGGACAGGAUACUAAUAGCAAUAGGAAUAGACUCCGAUAUCUCAAUCGUAGCCUGUAAUUAUGCGAUUUGUCUCAUUCCUGCAUUAUUUGCCAAUGCUAUUAGCGGUCCUCUGUUUCGCUACUUUCAGUGUCAAAGCAUGAUUCUCCCGAUGCUUUUAGCCAACUGUGCUACUCUAUGUCUCCACAUCCCUCUUUGCUGGGUUCUAGUUUAUAAGUGGGAAUUAGGAUACAUGGGAGCAGCAUUAGCCAUUGGUUUGUCUUAUUGGAUAAAUGUUUUCUUCCUUGCACUUUACAUGAGGUUCUCUUUGUCGUGUGAGAAAACCCGGCGGAUUCACUGGGCUUAUCUUUGCUCAAGCGUAAAGGAGUUUCUGCUCAUUGCUUUCCCUUCUGCUGCAAUGAUUUGUCUUGAGUGGUGGACCUUUGAGCUACUUCUGUUGCUUGCUGGGCUUCUGCCGGAUUCGAAGCUUGAAACGUCUGUUCUUUCUGUUUGCCUGACAACCGUGUCAUUGCACGCCUAUGUACAAUAUGGAAUUUCUGCUGCUGGAAGCAUUCGGGUUUCGAAUGAGUUAGGAGCUGGAAAUCCACAGACAGCUCGAGGGGUUGUCUAUGCAGUACUGAUCAUUUCUGUUACAGAGGCAGCUAUAGUGAGCAUAACUCUCUUCUUCUUCCGUCACAUUUUUGGAUAUGCUUUUAGCAGUGACAAAGGAGUCGUGGCCUAUGUUGCUGAAGUGGUUCCCCUGCUUUGUCUCUCAAUCAUCAUGGAUGGCUUACAAAUAACACUUUCUGGGAUUGUUAGAGGAUGUGGGUGGCAACACAUAGGUGCCUUUGUCAACCUGGGGGCAUAUGAUUUAGUUGCAGCUCCAGUAGCUGUUCUGCUGUGCUUCGUUGCGAAUCUUAGAGGAAAAGGCCUUUGGAUUGGGAUAUUAACAGGGACUACUGUGCAGGCAACAUCAUAUGCUGCCAUAACAAUGAAUUGGAAAAAACAGGUUCUUGCAUUAACCCUUCUUCACAGGCAUCCGAGGCAAGGAAGAGGAUCUUGGAGGGGACACGUUCGACUGAUAAUGAAUCGCCUUGAUCAGAGAAAAAACCCUGACAGAACCAUUGUGCUUGAUGACGAGUUUAGAGUAAUAGCCCAGACUCCGAUAGCAGACCAAGAAGAUGAUGUGGGGAUGACGCGUCAUCUCCAUGGAAUACGCAUCGUCCAUGAGAAGGAUGGACCAGGGACCACUGCUGAAGACUGA